AUGUUCUGUGCCAAAUGGGACAAAAAAUGUCAGGAACUAACGGAAUUGUGGAACAAACUGGCCAAAAAGUUUGAAUCGAACCCGAAUGUUGUCAUUGCGAAAAUGAACCCUGUUCUCAAUGAAGUGAGUUUAUCAGCGAUAUCAUGAAAGCUCCUACAUGUAUUUUUCAGUUUCCUGAUGGCAAGUUCGAUGACUAUUCAGAUUUCAAGUUGUGGCCAGCGGGAUCAUUGGAGCCCGUCACUUACAAACUUGACAGCAAGCCUAGCCUGGAGACACCUAUUGAGUUUGUCAGCGACGAGAUAAUUGAAUCAGAAGCUGGGUUUACGAACAGAUGUUAUGACUAUUACCAGGAACCGUUACGCAAAUCCCCAUCCUUCACAAUUCGUGUUUUAUUUAUUAUUCUGGCCACAGUACUGGCGUUCAGAAAUGUACGGAUAUCUGUUUCGUGUAUUUAG